GCUCAUCUGUCUGCCCCUUCAGCUGACAGGGGCCCUGGAAGAUGAUAUUAGAGAACAUGUACAGUCUUGUGUCUUUAAUGCUUAUGGCAUCCAGUUUCCAAGAAGUAUCAGCUUUAUUUGUAGUGACAGCUCCAAAGCUGAUAUAUAAGGCUAAAUAUGGGGACACAGUGCAAAUGAACUGCAGCUUCCCAAUUGAAGACAAUUUUAACAUUACUAAAUUAUUAGCCUCUUGGGAACAUAUAUAUUCAUCAACCAGGGCAAACAAAGAAAUCCUGAGACUCUAUAAUGGAAAGAUAAAUAUACUAAACCAAGGGAAUGCUAACAGCAACAGAGUAACAAUGCUAAUGGAGGAACUAAAGAAUGGGACAGCUGUGCUGGAAAUCAAGCAUGUAAAGCUCACCGAUGCAGGAGUCUACACUUGCUUUUUACAGUUGGAGGGAUCUGACUACAAAUCAAUUACUCUUGAGGUACAAGCCUCCUAUGAGAAUAUUUACAGUUAUACCCAGGUGUCAAGUGAUGGCAAUGAAAUAUCUUUGACUUGCCAGUCCUUAGGUUUUCCAAAGGCUGAAGUAUAUUGGAAGAAUAAUGGCAACAAUAUAACUCUGCCAGCAAAUACUUCCCAUAGCCUGACAAAAGAUGGAUUUUAUAACACAUCAAGUACCAUCAAGAGUGAAACACAUUCAAUACAAAAUUAUAAGUGUGUAUUUUGGAACAAAGCACUGAAUGAAACAACUGAAGCAUCGUUUGGACUUGAAGAAAACGGAAGCCUUCCCAGUUUAGAAACAAAUGUUUCUAUUAUUAUGGUCGUACUUCUUUUGUUUCUUUUUGUCGUGUUGUUUUAUUUAACAAGAAAAUAUUCUUUCAAGUGUUUCAGAAAAAAAAGGCUCAAACCUUUAGUACAGAAGAAGGCCCUUUAAGACUUCACCACCAGGACACAUUCUUCAAAUAGUUUCAUAUUAAGUAUUUACGUUUGCACAUUUAUUUUGCCUUCUCUGUUUUCUGUUUGGCGGAAAUGAAGUCUUUUAUCUACUAUGUUCAUGUAGAAAAUAUUUCUCUUGCAAAGGACUGCUAGUAACUAUGGUCCUCUUAUGAAUAUGUGCAUUGUCACUUUAAAAUCUUGGUGCCAACACCAUUGGUCUCCCCAGGCCAAGUUGCUCCAAGGUGUACCUUACCCUGCCCUUUUGCCAGGGGGACUAAAAUCUCCAGUAGUACUUAUGCAUUAGCUGUAACUGGCAACUAUAAGCCGUUGUGUAUGAGUAUUUGUUACGUUUGUCAGAAAUGUUGAACUCCAGUUAUUUAAAUAAAUGAAAUUAUUUUCAAAUGAAA